CUCUAUUCCUCCGGUCACACUUACUCACACUCACACUUGCCACUCUAUCAACUCUACCACACUUAGUACUGUAUUGUACUGUAUUGUACUUACCUUACAGUAUCAUACAUACUCUGCCUUACAGUUACAGUAUUAUACUCAACCUUACAGUGUCGUACUCACCCUUGCACUAUCCAUUCAGGUCACACACUGUGUUCUACUGUGCUAUCCAACACAGGGUAAACUGCCAACUCACAGUGCCCGCCCUCUCUGAACCGGCUCUGCCAAUUCCUGUGGAUACUGCUGGAUCCGUCACCCUUUACUUCGAUAUAACCCAAAUAACCGUAACGGGGUGCCAAUAUGACCACUAGAUACCGAGUUGAGUAUGCCCUCAAGACCCAUAGAAGGGACCAGUUUAUAGAAUGGAUAAAGGGCCUCCUGGCUGUUCCAUUUGUGCUGCACUCCCAGCCUACAGGUGUCUUCGAAGCACGAGGCACCGUGGCCGACAUGGCAGCUGAAGCCUGCAGACGCUAUGCUGAGAUCAUGAAAGAUGUCGAGGAAAUGAUAGAUGAUCACAUCAACCACCAAGAUGACGGCCUCCAACACCAAUCAAAGCUCAAGCUUCUGGUUCCUAGCAUUGGCAACUUUUUUACUCGGCUCCCUCUGGCAGAGGCAUUCAAAUACCAGGAUAGUCUACGGUUCAUCUCGUCAAGGCGCUUUGUGCCACCCUCAUUCAACGAUAUCCGCCUUAUCCUAAAUACCGCUCAGAUCAUGGGAGUUGCAGCAGCUGGCGCCUUAGAUUUGGCUACAUUCGAUGGUGAUGUGACUCUUUAUGAUGACGGGAAGAGCCUGGAACCGGAUAAUCCUGUCAUCACGCGAAUCAUAGACCUCAUGAGCAGAAACACCAAAAUUGGUAUUGUCACAGCAGCGGGUUACACGGAAGCCGAACGCUAUUUUGAACGCCUAUAUGGUCUUCUUGAAGCCAUCAGAGACUCCAAAGUUCUAACUAUCGAACAAAAACAUAAUCUCGUUGUCAUGGGGGGCGAAUCAAACUUCCUCUUCGAGUAUUCCAUCUCUUCGCCUCAUCUACUUGAAUGGGUCCCACGCCGUUCCUGGAUCCUUGAUGAUAUGCUCACCUGGUCGGAACCCGUCAUCCAAGCGCUCCUCGACAAAGCCGAAGCCGCCCUCAAUGAGUGCAUUACGAAUCUCUCCCUCUCUGCCCUUGUCAUCCGCAAAGAACGUGCAGUCGGAAUCGUACCCACUAUUCAGGGUGCUAAGUUUCCACGCGAGUCCCUGGAGGAGACAGUGCUUGUUGUGCAGAAGAUUCUCGAGAUGUCUCCUGUCUCAAAGACUCUCCCUUUCUGUGCUUUUAACGGUGGCAACGACGUCUUUGUUGAUAUUGGGGACAAGAGCUGGGGAGUUCUAGUCUGCCAAAAAUAUUUUGGGGAUAGGCUUGGUAGAAGUAUUGAAGGGAAGAGAACGAUGCAUGUUGGCGACCAGUUCCUUUCAGCGAAUGGCGCAAACGAUUUCCGCGCGAGAAGGGUUGCUACUACAUUGUGGGUGGCAAAUCCAGACGAAUGCGUGACCUUAUUAGACGAGGUAGCAGAGUUUAUGAGGGCGGCGGAGCGGAAGAGAGUUUGACUGUUGACCAUACCCAAAACUUGAGGAUGGAAUGGACAUGAGAUGUUUGAGGAAUUGUCUUGUUAGACCAAUUGCGAAAGCUAGACCCAUUGUACGCUUUACAGCUUGCUUGUCUCAUACUGUCCAAAGUUUGGCUGUGAUUUCGGUUUAGUUAUUAUAAUUGUUCCAUGACACUGGU